AUGAUCAACAAUUUCAUCAAAGUGGCAGGAUUCAAAGUCAACUACAAAAAUCAGUACCUAUACACCAACAACAAACAGAGAUUAUGGGCAAGAUCCUUGAGACUGCUGAGACUUCUCCAGGCGUCAGCAUCCGCGCGGGGCCUCGCGGCCGGAGCCCAGCGCGUGGGACAGAUUCAUACCAGUGUGCAAUGCCAGCUGAAGUAUGGACCUCUCGCCUUCGUUCUUGGUGAUAAGACAACCAAAAAACUGAAUGAGUACAGCCAAGUGAUAACAGUAGAUGGGAACAUAUGCUCUGGGAAGAACAAGCUCGCAAAGGAGGUCGCAGAGAAGCUAGGCAUGAAGCACUUUCCAGAAGCAGGCAUCCAGUACUCAAGCAGCACCACAGGCGAUGGAAGGCCCCUCCACACGGAAUUUAGUGGCAGCUGUAGCUUAGAGAAAUUUUAUGAUAAUCCCAAAAGCAACGAUGGCAACAGCUACCGCCUGCAGUCCUGGCUGUACGCCAGCCGCCUCCUACAGUACUCAGACGCCCUGGAACACCUGUUGAGCACAGGACAAGGUGUGGUCUUGGAGCGCUCCAUCUACAGUGACUUUGUCUUCCUGGAGGCAAUGUACAACCAGGGCUUCAUCCGAAAGGAGUGUGUGGACCACUACAAUGAAGUAAAACGGCUCACUCUCCCAGAGUACCUGCCACCCCACGUAGUCGUCUAUAUCGAUGUGCCCGUGCCAGAGAUACAGAAACGGAUCCAGAAGAAAGGAGAUCCACAUGAAAUGAAGAUCACCUCUGCCUAUCUCCAGGACAUCGAGAAUGCCUACAAGAACACUUUCCUCCCCAAGAUGAGUGAGCAGUGUGAGGUUUUGGUGUACAGUACCUGGAAAUCUGAAGACUCAACCAAGGUGGUAGAGGACAUAGAAUACCUUAAGUACAACAAAGGGCCGUGGCUUGAACAGGAUGACCGUACCUUUCACAACCUGCGGAUGCUGGUUCAGGAUAAGAUGGAUGUGCUGAAUUACACGACUAUUCCUGUGUACCUUCCAGAAAUCACGAUUGGAGCUCACCAGGGUACCCGAGUCUACAACAGCUUCAGAGAGCUGCCAGGCCGCAAGUACAACCCUGGAUACAAUGAAGGGGUGGGUGACAAGUGGAUCUGGCUGAAGUGAAGGGUCCCCUCUGCCUAGCUGUGUCACAGCCAUGAUGAUGUCUGCUCUGCCCAACUCUGAACUCCAGAGCUUUACAAGACAACAGGAAAAAAAGCAAUGAUCAGGAGAUUGCCUGAAGAAAUGGUCAAAAAAUCCAGUCUUUCCUGUGCCUAGUUAGUUUUGAAAGAUUCAACUUCCAUUGAAAAGGUUCUGGAACCUUCCAGUUUUAUUUUGUAAUCAUCUGGGGGAAAACAAAACAAAACAAGGCAGGUCUACUGUGGAAGAGCAGCUCCCACUGGACG